GUUGUCACUCACGACUCGACUGCAGAAGUAAAAGCUCUGAUUAGUGGCUCGCAGUAAGCCGUUUUUUAAACACUUAUACACAGAGGAACAUGGAGGUGCGAGAUGAUCACGUUGGCAGACAAAAUGAGCUCGCUUCAGGAGAGCGACAACUGAAUGGAUGUCUGAAGUCACUGAACCCAUUUCUACAUCAAGCUCAGACAGCAGACAAUGGGCUUGGCUCAACAGACACAAACCCAUUUUUUACUCAAGGCAAAGAUGCCAAUGGGAACACUGUUUUCAGAGACAACAACAAAGACUUCAUUUUAAGGCAUGGACUGGAAAGUAAUGUGUGGUCUCACUUUCCAACUUCCUCUACAACAUCACUUGAGAAUGAUUGGGCUGUUUUCCCACCUCCUACUCUCAGCCAGAAAACAAACCACACCACAUUCCCCAAUCAAACAUGGGACAUCGGCCAAGUUACACACUCUGCUACAACGUCUGCAGGGGGAUUAAGUGAACAGAAAUCAAACAUGUUUAAACCUUUCAAAGAGGAAACCAGUGCCUCCCAGAGAAUGGUGGCUGAUGAUACAACAUCGAAGGAGAGAGAUUAUCUUUUAGAAUUCAUACUAGCCAAUCAAAAAAAUGAUGAGAAAUCGAUUUCUUCUUCUGCAGCAUCCAGUCAUAUGGAAGUUUCUGAAGACUCGUCUAGUUUUUUACCUGCUCCAUGUAUCACCAGUGACAUUUUCACAAACACUGCUGCAUCUCAGUCGAGUGAUAUCUUUCAUGCUCCUGAGUCUAGUGUACAGAACAGAGUAUUUCAAAAAAUCCAAUUAUUUCAGAACACAACAUCUGUCCAGAAUUGUAAUCCUAACUUAUCUGAUAAUUUCACUGUGCAUAACGGACAGUUCAAGCCACAGGACAGCCACUUUAGCAAAAUGGUCCUGUCUACAGAUCUGAGUCAUGGAAUAUUCCAGGAGACUUCCACAUUGCCUUCACAUCUUAAUUCACCAACAAAUGGAGACCUGAUGUUUAAAAGACGACCCCCCAAACCAGCUCCACGCAUUAAGGCUCCUAAAAAUCCUGAUCAGAGUAUCCACCAUGACAUUUUUUCAGCACCUGCUGUAUCUGAAACUGCUGAUAGAAAACUUGCACAGACAUUGUUUACAUCUAAGCCGGCUAAUCCCUUCUCCUUACCCACUGUGCAAAGAGCUAAAAGUAAUAGCCAGGGCACCACGAUAUCUGAUGAGUUAAAGUCAAAUCAAGUUUAUGAAGACAUUCUUUUCAUCGGCCAGGAGAAGUGUGUGGAGGACUGGCCAGAGGACAGCCCUGAGCUUAGCCCUGACUGGAAACCUUCUGGGAAAUUGAAAUUAAGGAGGGAGUCUUUGAGGAUUCAUUUAGAAUCUGAGGCAGCCCUAAAUGCAGACACUCUUGGGAAGAAAUCCAGCAAAAAGAAAAAGAAGAUGAGCAUCUUAAGAAAAGGGUCAACGGAUAAAUCAGGAGAUGACUCAAUGGUUCUGCAAAUAGACACAGUUCGCCCAGAAUCAAAGGAAAAAUAUCCUGACAGCUUGAACGGUGCUUAUGGUGAUGCAAUGCCUUUUGGGACAAAGUACAAUGCAUCAGAUGAUGUUUUUUUGCCUGAAGAAGAAGAACAGAAUACAAGAAUAAAGAGCCAAUCAAUGAAGAGUAAAAUGACAAAAUUCGUAGUUCCUCAUUUGAAAUACAGAGGAAGCAAGAAAAAAUCUCUUGGUGACGUUUUUGAAAACGCAUCACCGUUUCUACAAGACCACAAGAGUGAACAGAUUCUGGAGUCAUAUGAAGACAAGCUGUGGAAACGUAACCAGAAAGACCCAAUGAUUAAAGACUACAGAAUGAAGGAAAAAAUGAAAUUGAAACUCUCUUUGUCUCACAGAAAAUCUGAGGGUUCUAUUGAAGAACUGAAGAAGAUAAAUGGACUUUCGUUUUUGGAGGAAUCAAAGGAAAAUGUAAAAGCUGAGAAUGAAAAUCGUCGUUUCUCUGCUGACUUACUUGCAGAGUACCAGCGUGAACAGUUAUCUCCAAAAUCUUCAGACAGCAGUGCAAAAGUACAAGAAUUACAAGACUAUCGAAAAAAGAGAUCUUUUAAAUUUACAGUUCCUUACUUGUCUCGAAAAGGAUCUAAGAGUACCUUGGUGGAUGAUAUUCCACAGAAAGGCGAUGAUCUGUUUAAAGCCAGUGACAUUAAUGGGAUGGAGAACAAUGUAUUUGAAGAUUAUAGUCAGUUGAGGAAGUCUCCUGUACAAAGGGUUUCACCAAUCAUUCAGAGAGACUCAAAGGGCCUAAAGGACGCAGAGAAAGGAGGGGAUCUAUUUAAAGCAGGAGACAUUGCAGAUGAUGACUGGACGGAGAAGUAUAACAUGGACUCAAAAAAAGAGAAGGUAAAAAAAGGACGUCUGCCAAGCAGAGAAUCAAAGGCCAGGGACCAACUGUGCUUUCCCGAAGACAUCGAACCAUCGGGCGCUACUUCUGGUGAUUAUUAUCUUUCAGAAGCAGCCAAGUUGAGGAAGUCUCCUGUACAAAGGGUUUCACCAAUCAUUCAGAUAGAAUCAAAGGGCCUAAAGGAAGCAGAGAAAGGAGGGGAUCUAUUUAAAGCAGGAGACAUUGCAGAUGAUGACUGGACGGAGAAGUAUAACAUGGACUCAAAAAAAGAGAAGGUAAAAAAAGGACGUCUGCCAAGCAGAGAAUCAAAGGCCAGGGACCAACUGUGCUUUCCCGAAGACAUUGAACCACCAGGUGCUACUUCUGGUGAUUAUUAUCUUUCAGAAGCAGCCAAGGCUGAGUGGAUGUCCUCCCAGAUGGAUGUGAGGCGAGCAAGAGCACUCAAUGAAGAUGAGGAACUGGAAGCAGUGAAGGAGGAAGUGGAUGGUGAUACUGACAGUCUAAUGGAGUGGUGGAGCACAGUAGAAUUAUGGGACGAGUUGCCAUCUGAUGAGGAACUCAGCUUAAAGGAAGAUGAGACUAAAUCUUUCACUGAGAUUGCUGAAAAAGUUCACCAGGGUCUCAGAGUUUUCUAUAAAGUUUUCACUGAGCAUGCUGAAGUUCUGUAUCAGCAUGUGCUGCGCCUCUACACCAUUAGUGACGACAUCAGCAACUACCACCGCCGCGCUAAGAUUGCCAACAUCACAGGUGGCACAACCACAGCUGUGGGUGGUGUAGCAGCCAUCACUGGCCUGGCAUUGGCACCUGUCACAUUCGGGGCUUCUCUGAUUGUAUCUGCUGUUGGGCUAGGAGUAGCAACAGCAGGAGGGAUCACAGCAGCUUCGGCCAGCAUAUCAGACAAUGUCCACGACAUGAAUGACCGUAAGAAGAUUGAGGUGGUGGUUCAGGACUAUGAGACCCGGCUAGCAGAACUCCGGCGCAGCCUGCGCUUUGUGGCUGAAGGAGUGCGUCGAAUGCGCUUCCACCCUCUGCUGCGACGUAAUAAUUACUACGCUGGUGACUGGGAGGUACGGCGAGCCCUUCAGACCAUCAGCCUGGUUGGAGAUCCAGUAGAGCAUGCCGAGGAUAUUGUGGAGAAGUCCACUGUGGCUCUGAAAAGUGUGUGCAAAGGCAUUGAUAGUUACUUUAGCAAGGAUUUGAAGGAGCUGAAGAAGGGCUGCAAGAAGGAGGUGACAAUGCAAGUGAAUAUGUUAGCUAAGCUGCUGCAUGAAGACUUAGUGAUGCUCAACUCCAUGCGAGAACAAUUAAUGGAAGCUAUGGGACAUGUUUAGAACAGAAAAUAGAUAAAUAAGGCAUUUAGAACAUUGUUACCUAAGCUGUUCACAUGCUACCCAUGAUGGAAGAUUUUGACUUCUACGAUUGUAUCAUAGUGUAUUACCUUAAGCAGAGACCUCUGACAAGGAAGUCACAGGUGAAAAAAAUCAAAAUGCAUAGAAAAUAUUCAUGUAAAUGUAGGACUAUUAUUGGUUUCUACCUUUUUUCUUUUGCUGCAGAUCAUUUGAUUCUGUUUAUAUGUACAGUAACACAACUUCUAUACUUGAGAUAAACAGCUUCUGUGGUUGGAGUUUUGGUUUCCUUCUCCUUUGUGCAGUUUAGUUCUUGUUUUAAUAAUCACUUCCACAAUGAGAAAUAUUCAUGGUAGACACUAUUCUGGGAUUUAGUUGCUCUUUAGUUCUCAUCUGUACUCUGUAUACUAAACCAUACAGUAAAAGACUGAAAAAAAAACAUUGGUAAGAACUGAGAGUCCUAAUACUUUAUGUACAUUGUACUUGUGUUCGCUCACAUUUAGCAUAGAGUGCAACGAAAAUUCUCAAAAAAUAAAAGUGACCAGCCGAAAUCA